GCUGCCGGGCCAAACUGCGGACGCACAGAAAAUGCGAAAGUCAAAGGAGAUACCUGCACGAGUCGGCGACGAGGCAUGCCGCUGUAGUGAUUUCGGGGACGACGAUGGCUCGUCAGCUCCACAGAGAAAUCCAACGUGAUGUGGAAGAGCUGGUUGCUCAGGGCAACAUGAGACCUCACCUAGGAGUGGUCUUAGUGGGAGACGACCCCGCUAGUCGUACCUACGUUAAGAACAAGACCCGGGCUGCCAGCAUUCUUGGUAUUUCCAGUGACACAGUGGUGCGGCCUAGCUCAGUCUCCCAGGAGGAGCUGUUGGAUCUGAUUGACAAGAUGAACCGUGACUGGAGGGUCAGCGGACUGUUGGUGCAGCUGCCACUCCCGGACCACAUAAAUGAAAGAGCAGUGUGUAACGCCAUCGCUCCAGAGAAGGAUGUGGAUGGCUUCCAUAUUGUGAAUAUUGGUAAGCUUUGUUUGGACCAGAGAUCCAUGGUGCCUGCCACACCUGCAGCUGUCUGGGAGAUCAUCAAAAGAACAGGUAUCGAGACUGUGGGGAAGAAUGUGCUGGUUGCUGGUCGCUCCAAAAAUGUUGGAAUGCCCAUUGCAAUGUUGCUGCACACUGAUCGCAACCACGAACGCCCCGGGGGUGAUGCCACAGUGACCAUUGCCCACAGGUGUACACCGAGGGAACAGCUGAAGGAGCUAACUAGCCUGGCUGACAUCAUUAUUGCAGCUGCAGGUAUUCCUGGACUGAUCACAGCAGAUAUGGUGAAAGAGGGUGCCGCGGUCAUCGAUGUGGGCAUAAACCGUAUCCAGGAUCCGAACACAGGGAAAUUAAGGCUCAUCGGAGACGUGGACUUUGAAGGAGUGAAGGAGAAGGCAGGUUUCAUCACACCUGUUCCCGGAGGUGUGGGUCCAAUGACAGUCGCUAUGCUGAUGAAGAACACUGUGACUGCUGCCAGAAAUGCUCUGAUGCAUUAA